CCACAAGAGGAAAAAAAAGAGCCCACUCUGAGCUUUCUCUCAACCCCAUCAUUGAAUACAUCCACAAUUUCAUUUCGCUAUUGAUUUUCGUUUAGAGCUUCUCUCUCCUUAGAAGCAUUCGAUUCAGGUGUGAUACUGGUGCAAAUUACUUCGGUUUGUACACAAAUCUUUGGUUUGGUUCAGUCUUCUUUGAAGCAAUGGGUUCAAGCAAGAGUGAAGUGGUCCAUGAUUUUCACCCUCUGUUUCGAGUAUAUAAAGAUGGUCGUGUUGAGAGAUUUAUGGAUGCGGAUAUUGUCCCACCUUCUGAUGACCCCAAGACCGGUGUUCAAUCCAAGGACAUCAUCAUAUCACCGGAAACUAAUGUAUCCGCCCGCCUCUUCCUCCCCAAAACCACCCACUCAGCUCACAAACUCCCUCUCCUCAUAUACAUCCAUGGUGGUGCUUUCUCAGUCCUAUCACCCUUUGCUUCUCUCUUCCAUAACUAUCUCAACUCUCUAGUUGCCGAAGCAAACGUUGUAGCCGUGUCCAUUGACUACAGGUUAGCCCCAGAGCACCCAAUCCCUGCUUGCUAUGAUGAUUCGUGGACGGUCAUGCAAUGGGUGGCUCUGCAUGCUAAUGGCCAAGGCCCUGAACCCUGGCUUAAUGACCACGCAGACUUUGGGCGGGUUUUCUUGGCUGGUGACAGUGGUGGAGCAAAUAUUGCCCAUGAUAUGGCCAUCCGAGCUGGUGUUGAUGGAGCAAAUAUUGGUGUGAAGCUUGUUGGUAUGGUUUUGUUACAUCCCUUCUUUGGGAAUGACGAACCUGACAAACUGUGGAUGUUUAUUUGCCCAGAAACUAGUGGGUGCGAUGACCCAAGGCUAAAUCCAGCUGCCAAUUCUAGUGUGUUGUCGAGGUUGGGGUGCACCAAGGUGCUGGUUUGCACUGCGGAGAAAGACAACUUGAGACAGAGGGGCUUGACCUACUAUGAGGCAUUGAAGAAGAGUGAGUGGUGUGGUGUGGUUGAGAUUAUGGAGACAGAAGGGGAGGAUCAUGUCUUCCAUUUGUUCAACCCAACUUGUGAAAAGGCUGGGACCCUGAUGAAUAGGGUGGCUUCCUUCAUUAAUCAGGACCAGCCCCCUUCUUUGUCAUAAUCUGUUCUCUUAAAUUAUUUAUUUAUUUAUUCAUUUAUUUCUAAGCUUCUGUUAAACCUGCAAAAAAGAGAGAGGAGGGGGGCAGGGGAAUAAGUUGUUGUAAUUUCUAUUAAUUAUAUACUGUAAUGUAAUGUGGAUUUUUCUUUUUUGGGUAA